AUGUCGUACGUCUACAGAGAGCGCGAGCGCGACCGCGACUACGAUGACCGCAACGUCACUAUCAAGCGUUACGUCAUUCCAUCGGAUGAAAGAGAAGAUCGACGAGAAUUCAUAAUGCGAGACGAUGUUUACGACAACGAGCUGGUCAUUCGGCGCAAGACAGAACGCGAGGAACCAGUGUCGAUUCAGCGUUACGAGAGAGAUGUCGAAUAUGAUCUGCCUGUUCGUCGCUACGAGCGAGAAGUUUAUGAACGUGAGUACUCUCCAUUUGCGACUUCCAAACACCACCCUAGGUCCUUGGAAUGCCUGGGCAGACCGUCCAAUCAUUAUUUGUGCCCCCCUGGUCAAGCUCAGCAACUCACAAUCCAUGACCAUGCAGCCCGUUACGUCAGUCCCCGACAAUCAGAGUACGAAGUAGACGAAGAGAUCUACCGCCGCCGUGUGGAUGACCGUCAUUCACGCCGGGAUCUCAGCCCGCGGGACUCGAUCUCACAGGCCAGCCGUCAGCGUGGCCGUACAGACUAUAGCAGCGAUGACGAGUAUUACUAUCACGAAGAGACCCGCACGUAUGAUGGUGAACGUCCGCAUCAUCGCCGCCACUUGGCAGAAGGUGCCUUGGUUGGUGCAGGUGCAGCAGAGUUGUUCCGCAACCACCGCAAGCGUGAAGGUGAGGAAGUCAGCCACGGUAUAAGCCACGCCGUGAAGACAGCUGGCGCUGGUGCAUUGGGUGCGGUGGCUGUUAAUGCUGCCGGGCAUGUCCGCGAUUACUACCGCAGCAAGAGCCGCAGUCGACACCGUGGUCACUCCGACGAUGAUCGUUCUUACCGUCACAGCCACCGCAGCCAUAGCCAUGGCCGUCGCAGCCGCAGCCGCAGCCGCUCUCACUCCCACUCUCGGGCAAAGACCCUGCUAGAGGUUGGUUUAGGCGCUGCCGCAAUCGCCGCCGGUGUUGCAGCUUUGCGCAGCAAAAAAAACGCAGAUGAGCGUACUGGCCGUUCUCGUACCCGUUCUCGCUCUCGAGCCCGCAGUACCGCUCGCUCAGAUAAGGAUUCUGCUCGCAGCGUGUCUCAACGCAACAAGCAUAUGGCGGGUGCCGGGUUGGCCGGUGCGGCUGUUGCAGGACUAGUGGAACAUCACCGAAGCAAAUCGCGCUCUCGCAAGGGUGAACGUUCGCACAGCCGACUCCGACAGGCACUUCCUGUUCUUGCGGCCGGCCUAGGAACCGCAGCUGCCACUGGUAUCUGGGAAAAGAAGAAAGCCGAGAAAGAAGAAAGGGAAGGUCGAAGCCGCGGGACAAGCCGAUCAGGCAGAUCUCGCAGCCGUGGAGCUCCUGACAGCGCGUACCCUGAUCCAACCCGGGACUCUGCAGGUUUGAUCGAGUAUGGCAAGGAUCCCGUUACUGGUAGCAUUCCUGCUGAGCACUACUAUGGCGCUCCGACCAGCCCGGGUCCUGCCUAUUACUCUGAUGGUGCUGAAUAUAGCCGUCGUCAGAGCCGUGACCGAAGCCGCAGCCGGAGCCGCGCUGGACGACGCAAUGACAGCUCCUCUGGCUCAGACAGAUCACGUCGACACAGAAAGCACCGCAGCCGCUCUCGAGAUGUUGCCGGAGCAGCACUGGGCGCUGGAGGCUUGGGAUAUGCGGCACACAAGUACUCCCAGUCUCGCGAGCGUAAGAAGGCUGAGAGAGAACAAGACAGGGCUCGGUAUGAUAAUGUGGAUCACCACGAUCCCUACGAGGAGUCUUAUGACCCGGAGCCCUAUCCUCCUUCUCGUACCGCUCCUAAUUACCAGGAGCCUCCCGCCAACUACUAUCCUAACACCAACUACUUUCCUCCGCCACCAGGAUCAACUACAAAUUUGAAUGCGACAACACCACCACCCAAUGCCUAUAACUAUGGAGCCCCAGGUCCAGGAACCGAGCAAUACGCCCCGCGGCCACGAAGGGUUGAUGAGAAUGUGAGUGCCCAGCGCUCCCUGCCUACUGAUCACCAUACGGAAGAUGAUCUAGCCCAGCAGUCCCAACUAGCCAAAGCCAAGUCCGUCCCGCGAUUCAGUAGCCAAAGCGAACCACUUGCUUCUAAAUCCGUCUCAUUCAACCUGAAUUCAGAAGGAGGAGACGACCGCGGCUAUGAAACUGACGACAGUGAUUCUGCCUUCGAGGGACCCUCUCACCGUCGACGCUCCUCUUCUGUGCCUCACCAAUCUAUGCCCCAUUCCCCUGACCACCGCUCCGGUCAUACACACUCUCACCAUUCAUCGACUCCUCAAACUCCAUCCAAAACAGAGCUAGACUCCGAUUCGACAAUUGACUUGCCCCAGCGAUUUGAUAGAAAAGGUCACCUCCUCAUGGAAAAAGAAGAGGACCCAGCCGUCGCGAAGAUCGAGGACUUUAUCAAUCGUUUUACAAAGGUGCUAUUCUAA